AUGAUCCGGAUGCAAGUAAACGCGGCCUCUGGAUCGCAACAAGUCAGUGGAGGAGAACUUGCGUUGGCAGCGACCGACAUGGGCGGAGGUAUGGACGGCAAAGUGUUUGCGAACAACCCUGGCCGUCGGAAAUCGUUCGCGUACAGUGCGCAGCAUUUGACGUCUUUGGUGAGCAAGACGUUGAUGCAGGCGUACUACGGACAGAAGCCGCGAUAUUCGUACUUCAACGGGUGCUCGGAUGGCGGUCGUGAAGGCGUGAUGGAGGCCAUGCGAUACCCGAACGACUUCGACGGGAUCUUGGCCGGAGCACCCGCCAUGCUCUUCCAGUUCCAGAAUAGUCUACACCACGGCUGGCUGGCAAUGAGCAACAUCGACGGACCGAUGCCCGAGUUGCCACCAAUGAUGCGGGGACCGCCUCCAGGACCUGAAGGGCGAGAGCACGGUCCUCCCCGACGUGGCCUGCCUGAGCACGGUUUGCCGGCUAGCGGUCCUACAGCCAUCGUGACGGCUUCCAAGCUGCCUCUGCUACAUGCUGCAGUCGUUCGGGCUUGCGACGCACUAGAUGGUCUGGUCGACGGGUUGCUCUCCGACCCGAGACUGUGUAAGUUUGAUCCUCGUGAUCUUCUGUGCGAUGCAGAAUCUGCUGUGCAAGUUGAUCAGCAGUGCUUGACGGAGGCAGAAGUGGAAACGAUUCAUAAAUUCUACAAUGGACCAGUCGAUCCUGUCACGGGUAGCCAUCUCACCGUGGGGAAUGUUCAAUUCGGCUCUGAACUCGCGUGGGAAGGCGUGUUUGUACCAAGCGGGCCACGUCAACCAGUCAUGAGUGCUCAUAUCGCUCUCGCAGCGUUAAGAUAUCUGAUCUUCGAGCCAAACCCUCCAGAGUCAUACUCGCUGAAUGACCUUGAGUUUACGGAAGCGACGGUAGAACUUCUGCGAGCUCGACACCCGCUACUGGAUGCCACCAGUCCAGAUUUGACUGCGUUUAAGAACGCUGGAGGCAAACUGAUACUUUGGCACGGUUGGUCAGAUGAACACAUUUCGCCUCGGACGACCAUCGCGUACCACGAAGCUCUACAGAAGCACUUGGGUGCAGAGCAAAUGGCGGAAUUCGAGCGGCUCUACCUGCUUCCUGGUGUGCAACACUGUGGUCACGGCGAAGGAAUGGCCGCUAUUGAUCUGGUAACGCCGUUGUUAGAGUGGGUAGAGCAAGGUAGUGCACCACACAAGAUCAUCACAAGCACGGAUAUGAACAACGACCUGCCGCCCUGGAUGCCUCAGCCAGUGGCGCCUAGUUUCACGCGCAGUCGCCCGGUGUUCCCGUACCCGUCGCUGGCCAACGCCUACUCUGUGGGUAACCUCAACCUUGAAGGCUACAAGCUCCCGUGGGAGGACGAGAAGCUGGAGUACCCGUCCAAUCUGGCCCACCCGCGUGACAUCCUUAUCCAGGCUUCCAACGGUGCUUCGGACUACGGUAACAAGUUCGGUGAGCCCGUUGUGACGGGUUUCGCCCGUUCGUUCGGUAUGGUGCUGCCUAAUGGUGAGCGUCGCGAGUACAUUAAGCCAAUUAUGUUCUCGGCCGGUCUCGGCCAGCUCGACGGCCGUCACUGCACUAAGGGUGAGCCUGAGAUUCAGAUGUGGGUGGUCAAGAUCGGUGGCCCGUGCUACCGUAUCGGUAUGGGCGGCGGUGCCGCCUCCAGCCGUAUCCAGGACACCAAGACGGCUGACCUGGACUUCAACGCCGUCCAGCGUGGUGAUGCCGAAAUGGAGUGCAAGCUGAACAAGGUGAUCCGCGCCUGCUGUGACCUGGGCGAGAAGAACCCCAUCGUCUCUAUCCACGACCAGGGAGCUGGUGGCAACGGUAACGUGCUGAAGGAGAUCGUUGAAGUGUCCAACUCGAAGCCCGGUAAUGCUAACCGUGGCGGUGCGCGCUAUGAGGUGCGCAACAUUCUGGUGGGUGACGACACGCUGUCCGUUCUCGAGAUUUGGGGUGCUGAGUACCAGGAGAACGACGCGCUGCUGCUGCGUCCGGAGCACGUGGAGCUGUUCGACAAGAUCUGCAAGCGUGAGAACUGCCCGUACGCGCUGCUGGGCCAGGUGACCGGCGACGGCCACGUGGUUCUGCACGACUCGCAGGACGACUCGACCCCGUUCGACCUGGACCUGGACCUGGUGCUGGGCAAGAUGCCCCAGAAGACCUUCACGGACACCAAGGCCACGGAGCCCGUCUCGGAGCUGUCGCUCCCGGCGGACAUCACUCUGCGCGACGCGCUGGACCGUGUGCUACGUCUCCUGGCCGUCGGCUCGAAGCGCUUCCUGACCAGCAAGGUGGACCGCUCGGUGAGCGGCCUAAUCGCCCAGCAGCAGACUGUCGGCCCGCUUCAGAUGACGCUGGCUGACUGCGCCGUUGUGGCCCACCUGUUAAGGGCCUGGUGA